AGCUUAUGAAAACCUCAUCGAUCGUCUCCGUUCCUAAAAUAAACAUAACCUAUAUUUUCUGUUAUAAAAUGAAAUCAAAAUUAUGGUUAUUUAAAAGAUUAUACAGUCAACAAUUGCCCCCGUCUCCAAAAAUCUGCAUUGUCGGUGCGGGGCCUGCCGGAUUUUACGCAGCCCAACACCUGUUGAAGAAAAUCCAAGAUGUUCAGGUUGACAUGUACGAGAGGCUACCUGUGCCUUUUGGUCUGGUAAGAUUUGGGGUGGCUCCGGAUCAUCCAGAAGUCAAAAAUGUCAUCAAUACAUUCACAAAGACUGCAGAGAAUCCAAAACUUAGGUUUUUAGGAAACAUGACACUAGGAGCAGAUGUUAGUCUGGAGGUGUUGAAGAAGGCGUAUCAUAUAGUGUUGUUGUCUUAUGGGUCAGAAGAGUGCAAUCAACUAGAAAUACCAGGAGAAGAAUUUAAAAAUUGUAUCAACGCUAAAAGAGUUGUUGGUUGGUACAAUGGUAUACCCAAGGACCGAAACCUGGAAAUGGAUCUGAGUGGAGAAAACGUGGUUAUUUUAGGACAGGGAAAUGUAGCAAUAGAUGUAGCAAGAAUACUCUUGAAAUCAGUUGAUGAAUUAAGAAAAACAGACAUCACCAGCUACGCACUGGAAGCUCUGCAAAAAUCUAAAGUGAAGCGAGUCUACCUCGUAGGUAGACGCGGCCCGCUACAAGCAGCAUUCACAAUCAAAGAAUUGAGAGAAGUACUAAAGCUUCCCAGUUGUAGCACAAUAUGGAGAAAAGAAGACUUUACUGAUGUGGAAAAACAUAUUCCGAAACUAAAACGACCAAGAAAAAGAAUUACAGAACUUAUGUUGCAAUCUGUCAACGAAAAUAAAGUAGUUGAAGGGCAAAAGGAAUUUAGGCCUGUAUUUUAUAGGGCGCCAUCUAGGAUAGAGGGAUAUAAUAAGAACAAGGUAUAUAUGAAAGCUAUUGUUCUGUGCAAGACAAUACUCGAAGGUGACACUGACCACAUUCACAAAAUGAGGGCAAUCAGUACUGAAGAUGAGGAAAGCAUUGAUUGCAGUCUAGUCAUUCCAAGCAUCGGGUACAAGGCUGUACCUGCAGAUACUGAUAUUCCAUUUGAUCAUAACAAGGGUAUAGUUAUGAACCAGCAUUACAAAGUGAAGAAAGGAUUGUAUGUAUGUGGAUGGUUGGGUACUGGGCCUAGGGGAGUCAUUCUGAACACUAUGAAUGGGGCAUUUGAAGCGGCGGAGGUUAUAUUGAAGGACAUUAGCGAAGGACAUCUGACUAACGAACCGAAAGGAGGGUUUGAAGAGGUCAAGAAAGGCUUGAAUAAUCAGGUAGUAGAAUGGAAAGACUGGUUGAAAAUAGAUAAAGUAGAACAGGAAGAGGGAGCUAAGCUGGGAAAACCUAGGGAAAAAAUCACAGAUCUGGCAGAAAUGCUGAAAGUAGCAGCGUCAUAGGGACUGGGGCAGUUUGCUGAAAUGUAAGUGCAUUUAGGGUUUCCUUAUUGGUGUAGGGUUGACAGUAGAAGAGGAGCGAGACUCUUGAAACUGCCCUCGCCGAGACAGGGUGCCCCAUUUAUAUAGUUGGGGAUUACUAGGAAAAAGCGUCGAUUCAGUGAAAAAGUUCGCAAAAAUAACAAAACCGUUGCAAACUCUGAAAGUAGCUAGGGAAAUGUUAGGAAUUUUUUUUUGGGUGCCCUGCAAUGUGGGGGCCCAUCGAGGGACAACUCUUCAUCAUGUCCUGCAUGCGGGAGCACACUUAUCAUGCUCUUGGGCAUACAGGGGCACAUGCAAGGACACAUCGAGGGAUAUGGACGUGGAGAUUAUUAUGUUUUUACUACAUGGUUGGCGGAUAUGGUGGACGACUCUUCAUCGAGGAAUGUGGACGACCAUCAUGCCCUUGCUCACAGCAUGGAGGGACACAGAUCAUGCGUGGCACAUCGAGG